AUCCGAGUAUUUGUUUGGGUGAGAUGUACGAUACAGCAAUUUGGACACCAAACAGAGAAAAGGAAGGUGUCAGAGGGUUCAGUAGUAGUCUAGUUUGCAGCAAACACAGAACUAACUCAACUAAACUACCCUUGGGCGACGAUUCCUAAGAAAAAUGUCUCUAGCCGCCAUCACCCAUUUCACUCCUUCCACCAAACCCCACCACCAUCUCCCCACCCUCUCCCUCCUCCCCUCCCCUCACUCUCUCUCUCUCCGCCUCUCCCCCAUCUCUCCCUCUCUCUCUUUCUCCACCACCCAUCAUCGCAUUCACCCCAUCUGUGCCCUCUCCAGCGACGGUGGCGAUGACAAUGGCGAUGGCAAGGACUCUUUUGGAGGCGGAGACAAGGGGGGUCACGGCGGCGGAGAUGACAAUCAAGGGGGUGAUGGGGGUGGCGGUGAAAACGAGGGGGAGGCUAUUUUGAUUUUGGCUCAGGCUGGGAGGGCUUUGGAUAGUCUUCCUAAGGAUUUGGCUGAGGCCAUUCGGGCUGGAAAGAUUCCCGGGUCGGUUGUUUCCAAGUAUUUGGACUUGGAGAAAUCUGGGUUGUUUAAAUGGUUGCUUCAGUUUGCUGGGUUUAGGGAGAGAUUGCUUGCUGAUGAUUUGUUCUUGGCUAAAGUUGCUAUGGAAUGUGGCGUGGGUAUCUUCACUAAGACUGCUGCAGAGUACGAGCGGCGAAGAGAAAAUUUCUUCAACGAACUGGAGAUUGUUUUUGCAGAUGUGGUGAUGGCCAUAAUUGCUGAUUUCAUGCUCGUAUGGCUUCCUGCUCCAACUGUUUCUCUUCGCGCACCUAUUGCACUUAAUGCUGGGCGGAUUGCUCAGUUUUUUCAUAAAUGCCCUGAUAACGCAUUCCAGGUUGCUAUGUCUGGAACAUCAUUUUCGUUAUUACAGAGAAUAGGAGCAAUAGUGCGUAAUGGUACAAAGCUUUUUGCAGUUGGCACAACUUCGUCUCUGGUUGGAACAGUUAUUACUAAUGCUGUAAUAAAUGCACGAAAGUCUGUUGACAACACCUCAGCGGAAGAAGUGGAAAAUGUACCUAUACUUUCUACUAGUGUUGGCUAUGGUGUCUAUAUGGCAAUUUCCAGCAACCUCAGGUACCAGAUAUUGGCCGGUGUUAUUGAACAGCGACUCCUAGAACCGCUGCUACAUAAGCACAAAGUAUUGCUAAGUGCAAUGUGCUUUGCUGUCCGAACUGGAAACACAUUCUUGGGGUCAUUACUGUGGGUGGAUUAUGCUCGUUUGAUAGGAAUUCAGAAAGCUCCGGAGGCAGAAUAGUUGGUAGCAAAUAUCUACUUUGCUCUCAAGUGUUGAUUUAUCCAGUUUGUUGACAUUGCAUAGAGUGUAGGUCAGUAUAUGAAGAUUACAUUGCAGGAUGGUAUACCCUAAUGUAUACUUUUGGUUUCGUGUAGACUUGUGUAUCGACUUGCCAAAGUAUGGCAAUUGAGACGUGUUUUAAAAUCCGCCAUUUACAUUUGCUUUUGUUUCAAGUUAAAAGAUGUGAUACAUAUUUGUGAUGAAUUAAAGUAUUUGUGGCACUGAAAGCCAUACAUGA